AUGGACGUCGCGCCCGCGCCCCCGGAGCCGCCCGCGCUCCUGGGCGCCCCGCAGGCCGAGGUGCUGGAGGACGUGCUGCGGGAGCAGUUCGGGCCGCUGCCCCAACUGGCCGCCAUCUGCCGGCUCAAGCGGCUGCCCUCGGGCGGCUACUCGUCGACCGCGGACCUCCAGUUGGUGCUGGAGCGGCGGCGCGUGGCCAACGCCAAGGAGCGCGAGCGGAUAAAAAAUCUCAACCGUGGUUUUGCCAAACUGAAGGCUCUUGUGCCAUUUCUUCCCCAAAGCAGGAAGCCUAGCAAAGUUGAUAUCCUUAAAGGUGCGACUGAAUACAUACAAGUUCUCAAUGAUGUUUUGGAAGGAGCCAAAGACUCGGAGAAACAAGACCCAGAUGAGCAGGACUACAGCAGCAAUACUUCUGAACCACACAUAUCCUUGGCUCCAGAGCUAUCGAGAAAGAUGACCCAACAUACCAGCUGUGCUGUCAGCUUGAAGAAUGAAGAGGAAGGGCCCUGGGCAGAUGGCGGCAGUGAUCAGCUAGCAUACACUUGUCACCAGAGCAGGAAGUCUACGACCGGAGUUAUCUCCCCAACCAGGAGCCUGGAUGGCUUCCCAGAAGUAGAACUCUUGAGUCACAGUGAGCGGGGUCUGCGGCGGCGCGGGCGGCGACACUGCGGGCGGGCGCACUGCAGCACCGCGGCCCGCGGGCGGGCGGGCGGGUGGCAGCGGCCCGCUGGAGGGGGCGCUGUGGGCACCGCCAAGCGGCCUUUUGUCAGCGCGCACGGCCAGGAGAGCUCUCAUUUCCUCCCCGCCUCGUGCGGGAAAUGGAUUUCAUUCCGACCACCGGGCUGUAAGGGACGAGCCGGAGCCUUUUGUCAAGGAGCAGCGGCCUCUGCGUCUGUGAUUACCAGCGACGCGGAGAAGCCGCACUGCUGGUGGAACUCCCGGCGCGCGGACGAGUGCGGGCUGCAGGAUGCGGGGGAAGCGCUGCCCUGCAGAUUAGCUGGGUGGAUUUAUUAA